UUCUAUCACCAGGGCGAGUUGCGCUUCGAGGCCAAGGUCGACGAGCACAACAGAGGCUACCUCCUAGGCCAUACCAUUGCUCAGCCGAAGAAUGUGCUCUCUGCCUCCACCGCUUGCGAGGAGGACCUCGAUCUUUGGCACAGACGUUGCUCGCACGUCAAUCUAGACGAUCUCCGCUCCAUAAUUCGAAAGGACCUCGUUCAGGGCCUCACCAUCCGCUCCAAGCGUCCACCCAGCCCCAUCUGCGAGCCUCCAUGCCUUGCUGGCAAGCUAAAUCGCCACCCCAUCCCUCGUUUCGCCUCCCGGAGGUUUGUUCGUGUCGCCCUGGUCCACACAGACCUCAAAGGCAAGCUGCCUGUCCCUUCGCCUGAGGGCUAC